UUCGGCUCCUGACUCCUGGAGGGCCGGUGUCCUGCAGAGUUUAGUUCCAACCCUUAUUAAACACACCUGACCAGGCUAAUCAAAGUAUUCAGGACUAUUUAAAAAUGAUGAACAGGUGCGCUGGAUAAGGGUUGGAAGUAAACUAGCAGAUCACUGGUCCUCCAGGACCGGAGUUGACUAGCCUUGAUGUAAUGUUACUAUGCUCUUGGUUUGAAGAACGUGUCCCUCCUCUUUAAACGUCAGCGUAACAUCCCCUUUAACUCGCUCGUCUCCCAAACUGCAGUGUUGUCAAUGCAGGCUGAUUUUGGUCGGCGGAAUUAUUUAAACUAUAGUUACCCGUUUUAACUUUCUACCUCUGGGUGUAACAGUGUGGUUAGCUGUAAGAGCUCGUAUGCCUGUUCGUAAAGAGUGUGUGCAGUACAAUGCUCUGGUUCGUGUUGUUCGUGUCGGUGCUGUGGUCCUGUCUGAUGAACACUGGACCAGCUCAAGCAUACUUCCACGAAGAGCGCUGGAGCCCGGAGUCUCCUAUAUUAGCUCCCCGAGUAAUGAUCGCUCUCAUCUGCCGUAACGCCCAGCACUCGCUGCCACAUUUCCUCGGUACUAUCGAGCGCCUCGAUUACCCUAAAGACCGGAUCGCGCUGUGGGUGGCAACCGACCACAAUAUUGACAACACUACUUACCUACUGCGAGACUGGCUCAUCAGUGUACAGAAACUCUACCAUUAUGUGGAGUGGAGGCCAAAGGAGGAACCAAGAAAAUAUCAUGAUGAGGAAGGACCAAAGGAUUGGACGAAUGAGCGCUACGCCUACGUCAUGAAACUGCGGCAGGCAGCACUUGAGUCUGCACGAGAGAUGUGGGCAGACUAUCUCAUGAUGAUUGAUUGUGAUAAUCUCCUGAUCAACCGAGACGUCUUAUGGAAACUAAUAAAGGAGAACAAGACAGUUGUGGCACCAAUGAUGGAGUCUCGUGCUGCCUACUCAAACUUCUGGUGUGGAAUGACAUCCCAGGGCUACUAUAAACGAACCCCUGCCUACAUCCCCAUGCGCAAGCAAGUGCGUAGGGGUUGCUUUGCCAUUCCCAUGGUGCACUCGACUUUCCUGGUUGACCUGCGGAAAGAAGCUUCCAGACUGCUUGCUUUUCACCCACCACAUCCAGACUACACCUGGGCCUUUGACGACAUUAUAGUCUUUGCUUUUUCAGCCCGCAUGGCAGAGGUACAAAUGUUUAUUUGUAACAAGGAGACUUAUGGGCAUCUGCCAGUGCCUCUUCGUGCCCACAGCACCAUGCAGGAUGAAGCUGACAGCUUUAUUCAUACUUUGCUGGAGGUCAAUGUGCGAAAUCCUCCAGUUGAGCCUUCCAGAUACUUACCCAAACCUGUCAAAAGACCUGACAAAAUGGACUUUGAUGAGGUAUUUAUGAUCAACCUGAAGCGGCGGGCCGACCGUCGUGAGUGCAUGCUGAGGGCGCUGAGAGAGCAAGAAAUCGACUGCAAGAUUAUAGCAGCUGUUGAUGGCAAAGCUAUGAACGUCAGUGAGAUCCAUGCUAUGGGAGUCCACAUGCUUCCCGGCUACAGUGACCCCUACCAUGGCAGACCUCUGACGAGAGGAGAGAUGGGCUGCUUCCUGUCCCACUAUAACAUCUGGAAAGAGAUUGUAGACAGAGGCCUGAAGACCUCGCUGGUGCUUGAAGAUGAUUUGCGGUUUGAGAUUUUCUUCAAGCGCCGCCUACAGAAUCUGAUGCGUGAGGUGGAGAGUAAGGGUCUGGACUGGGACCUCAUUUAUAUUGGGAGGAAGAGGAUGCAAGUGGACCGACCUGAGAAGGCAGUACCAAACAUUCGCAACCUGGUGGAGGCGGACUAUUCCUAUUGGACCUUGGGCUACAUGAUGUCAUUACAAGGAGCCAAAAAGCUCCUCAAAGCAGAACCACUCAGUAAAAUUUUGCCUGUGGACGAGUUCCUUCCUAUUAUGUUUAAUAAGCAUCCUGUAUCGGAUUACAUGGAUCAGUUUGAGACGAGGGACCUGGAAGCAUUUUCAGCGGAGCCCUUGCUUGUGUUUCCUACACACUACACAGGUGAACCUGGGUAUAUCAGUGACACAGAAACCUCCACAGUGUGGGACAAUGAGAAAGUGCGCACAGACUGGGACAGGAAGCACUCGGGUAAAACCCGGGAACAGGCUGAGAUCAGCACAGAGGCCCAAAACUCAGAUGUGCUCCAGUCUCCUCUGGACAGAACAGCUCGAGACGAACUAUGAGAGACGUUGUUUUGGACACGCCACUAGACUUGCUUCUGGGGGCAAAGUCUAGUUCCACCUUAUAAGCACAAUAUAUCUAACCAAAUCUAACCUUUUUAGAGAUUUUUUUUUUUUUUUAAUCUGUUGUUUGCCUGAAGAAAAAAUGUUUUUGAGUUUAAACAUCUGUCCCUUUAUUUGUAGAUUUGUAACAGAGGCCUGACUGCGCUUUCUGAUGACAACAGCAUCUGUUUUUCACUGUAUCCUGCGAUUUUUAAAAAUGCCAGGAGCCGG